AUGCCGCAAACCCGCCGCAUCGCCCAAAUCAUCAAGCUCAAGAAAGACUCCAUCCCCGAGUACAAAGAAUGCCACGCAGCCGUCUAGCCCGCCGUCCUGCAGCAGAUCAGCGCCUGCAACAUCACCGACUAUUCCAUCUUCCUCGACGAGCCUUCCCGCACGCUCUUCGCGGCGAUGAAAUACACCGGCGAGGACUAUGAAGCCGACAUGGCCAAAAUGAGAGCCAAUCCGGAC